CCACACAAUAAUGUAGCCUAUGGUGGUGCCUUGGAUUCAAUUAGGCCUACGUCAGAGAGGUCUUUUGACGGGAGAGCGCGUGGGGUUGUUGUAAAUAGCCUGCCUGCCGAGCGCGUGCUGUCAGUGGUGCUGAACUCUCAACCGGUUCAGACCGCAGCCACCGGAGUUGAAGAACAUCUCGGACCCCUACCAGCCUUUAUUUCUUCUCUCGCAGUUUGUUCACUCCUUUUACCGGACUUUAUUAUUUCAUCCAGAUGGGAGUUACGCAGCCAAGGCACAGAAUGUCCUAUGCCAAAAUGAAAGGGCUUGUGUCAUUUUUUACUGCUCUGCUUGAAGGGAAGAAAGGGGGCUUCAGCAACUUCAUUCACAAACUGGUGUCCGACCACCAAAUCUUUCAGCACCUGGACACCCAGACCAUCCUGCUGCAGGAGAGCCUGAGAGAGGAGAGAGAAGAGGAGAGAGAAGCCAGGGAGGAGAGAGAAGCCAGGAGAGAAAGAGAGGAGAGCGAGGGUGGAACAUCGCGUCUGCCAAGUUUGCUGGAGAAUGAGACUCAGGUGAAGCCUUCUGAUUUCCACUUCCUGAAGGUCAUCGGCAAAGGAAGCUUUGGGAAGGUGGUGUUAGCGAGACACAGACAGAGUGGAAGUUUCUACGCUGUCAAGGUUCUACAGAAACAGGUCAUAUUGAGGAAGAAAGAGCAGAGACAUGUGAUGGUAGAGAGGAGUGUGCUGCUGAAGGGACUGCAGCAUCCGUUCCUGGUGGGGCUCCACUUCUCCUUCCAGACCUCUCACACUCUCUACUUCGUACUGGACUACAUCAAUGGAGGAGACUUGUUCUACCAUCUCCAGAGGGAGGGUGCCUUCCCGGAGCCCAGAGCAACAUUCUACUCUGCUGAGAUGGCCUCAGCCCUGGGCUACCUCCACUCCCUCAACAUAGUCUACAGAGACCUGAAGCCAGAGAACAUCCUAUUGGACAGUGGAGGACAUGUGGUUGUGACGGAUUUCGGGCUGUGUAAAGAGGGCGUGUCUGUGGGUGGAACUAUGCAAACGUUCUGUGGAACCCCAGAGUAUCUGGCGCCAGAGGUGCUGUUAGGCCACGCCUACAGUGCAGCCGUGGACUGGUGGGGGCUGGGGAGUGUGCUUUAUGAGAUGCUUCAUGGACUGCCCCCGUUCUACAGUCACAGUAAGGCUGAGAUGUUUGAGAACAUCCUUCACGCCCCCCUGCAGCUCCGUAGAAGUGUGUCCCAGUCUGCCCGGUCUCUGCUGCAGGGCCUGCUGGAGAAGGACUUUAACAAACGCCUUGGGGGGGAACAUGACCUUGCCGAGCUGCAGGGCCACUCCUUCUUCCUGUCAAUCAACUGGGAUGACCUGCUAGCCAGGAAAGUCCCUCCCCCAUUCAUUCCCAACCUGUCUGGUCCGUGUGAUGUGCGCUAUUUUGACGCUGAGUUCACGCUUCUUCCAGUCCCCGCCUCCCUGGGUUUGAGUGACAUGUCGGCCAAUGGAGCCUUCCCAGGGUUCUCCUAUAUGCCUUCGGCUGAAGUUGGAGUCACGGAGCCCUGAUUUCAUUCUGCUAUUAUUUGUGUUUUCAAUCAA